AUGGAUAAAUUAAACACAUCAUCAAGUAGCUGGUUAUCUGAUUUGAUGUUGGAUGAAAUGGAAAUGGACGGUUGUGAUUUGUUCCAACAAAAUUUGUUUGAUGAUGAAGAUUUAUUCUCAUAUGACAUAGGAAGUGUUCUUCAACAACAACAGCAACAACAACAACCUUUGUCUCCUGUUUCUUCUCAUUCUUCAACCACUUCUCAUAUUUUGUCUUUUCAAAACACAACCACUACUACUACUACUCAUUUUCAUGCUUUUGAUUGUGCCUUAAAUACAAAGCAAAACGAGGUUGUUACAGAAGUUCCACAAAAUGAAAACGUUGUUGUUAAGAGGUGUUUGGGUCAUAAUAGUGAUAAAUAUCAUAUCAUAGCAGAGAGAAAGCGAAGAGAGAAACUUAACAAGGGCUUAAUUGCUUUAGCUGCUCUUAUUCCUGGAUUAAAGAAGAUGGACAAGGCUUCAGUGGUGGGAGAAGCUAUAAAGUACCUGAAAGAACUCCAAGAACGUUUGAAGGUAUUAGAACAACAUAACAAGAAUAGUCUUGUUGUUGAGUCUGUAGUGAUGGACAAUAAACCGAAGGUAAUUCAUGGGUCAUGGAGUAAUGAUGGGUCUGAAUCUCUCUCCCAUGUGGAUGCCAGAGUUUUGAACAAAGAUGUUCUCAUAAGGAUUCUCUGCCAAAAGCAAAAGGGUCUUUUGUUCAAAUUAUUGGACGAGAUUGAAAAGCUUCAUCUCUUUGUUGUUACUAGCAAUGUUCUACCUUUUGGGGAUUCUAUAAACAUAACCAUUGUUGCUAAGAUGGAAAUGGGGUACAACUUGACAUUAAAUGAUCUUAUAAAACACCUACGUGUUGCUGCAUUCAAAUUGUCGUAA